UGUACUUGGGAUUGAAGAAGCCCUAAAGCCAUAACUAGGGAGCAGCAAUGGAGGUGAAAUUGCAAGUGCUGGUGAUGUUGGCCAUGGCUUUGUCCCUAUUUUCUGCUGCAUCUGCAGAGCCGGGUCUUGCGGUUUACCACGAUCCCAAAUACUACCCCGCGGCUUGUGCAGGGUUCAAUAUGGAGAACAGCGGAGUGAUGAUCGCCGGAGUGAGGGAAGAAUUGUGGAACGGCGGGAGGGCCUGCGGGCGGAUGCUGAGGGUCAGAUGCACCAAACCCGCCAACCUGUUUCCAAACCCUUGUAAGGGCGGCGUCAUCACGGUCAAAGUCGUGGACUUCUGCCGGCAACCGUGCAACGGGGUCAUCAACCUCUCCCGCGACGCCUUCGCGAGGAUCGCUAACCUCGACGCCGGCAAAGUCUGGGUGGACUAUUCCUAAGGAAAAACAUGAAGUUCGGGGACUGACCACGAGAAUAAUGUCUGCUUUUACGAUUUGGCAUCGCCAGGUCCGAAGACUACUUAAAUAACGUGACUCUUAAUCUCCGAUCCGGCUUGAAUAAAAAUCACGUAUUGGUAUAUU